UGCGACUGAUUGUGCAACAUUUCCAUCUUCUCGUUCCUUUUACUUCUUGUGGUCUACCAUCGAAGGUUCAAUCGCCGAACGGGCGAGUAAAAAAUCCGAAUUUCAAGAUGGUGAACUUCACGAUAGAUCAGAUCCGUGAGAUCAUGGACAAAAAACAUAACAUCCGUAACAUGUCUGUCAUUGCUCACGUGGACCAUGGAAAAUCUACUUUGACUGACUCUCUAGUUAGCAAAGCAGGUAUCAUUGCUGGGGCUAAAGCCGGAGAAACAAGAUUUACUGAUACCAGAAAAGAUGAGCAGGAGCGAUGCAUUACCAUCAAAUCAACAGCUAUUUCCAUGUAUUACGAAGUGUCUGAGGCUGAUAUGGAAUUCAUUCCUGGGGGCAGCAAAGAUGAGCGCGGUUUCUUAAUUAACCUGAUUGAUUCUCCUGGACAUGUUGAUUUCUCAUCUGAGGUAACAGCUGCUCUGCGUGUGACAGAUGGAGCUCUAGUUGUGGUUGACAGUAUCAGUGGAGUGUGUGUCCAAACAGAAACAGUGCUCCGUCAGGCAAUUGCUGAGCGAAUCAAGCCAGUCUUGUUUUUAAACAAAAUGGACAGAGCUCUUUUAGAACUGCAGCUGGAAAAAGAGGAUUUAUAUCAAACCUUUUCCCGUAUUGUGGAGUCUGUCAAUGUGAUUAUUUCUACAUACAAUGAUGAGGAGGGACCUAUGGGUGACAUUCAGGUGUCACCAGAGAAAGGUACUGUGGGUUUUGGUUCUGGACUUCAUGGUUGGGCUUUCUCCUUGAAGCAGUUUGCAGAAAUCUAUGCUAAGAAGUUCAAGAUUGAGCCAAAAAAGCUCAUGUCUCGACUAUGGGGCAAUAGUUUCUACAGCAACAAAGAAAAAAAAUGGAAGAAAGAACAAAAUGAAGGAUAUGUACGUGGUUUCAAUCAAUUUGUCCUUGAUCCAAUCUACAAGGUUUUUGAUGCUGUAAUGAAUUUCAAAAAGGAAGACACCAAGAAAUUAAUUGAAAAGCUGAAUAUCAAGCUUGAUUCUACUGAGAAGGAAAUGGAAGGCAAACCUUUGAUGAAGGCUAUGAUGAGGCGCUGGCUUCCUGCUGGAGAGACUAUGCUUCAGAUGAUCACCAUGCAUCUCCCAUCACCUGUAAUUGCUCAAAAGUACAGAAUGGAGUUGCUGUAUGAAGGACCAAAGGAUGACCCCAUUGCUUUGGGCAUCAAAACUUGUGACUCUAAGGCUGAGCUCUGUCUGUAUGUAUCAAAGAUGGUACCAACAACUGAUAAGGGUCGAUUCUAUGCUUUUGGUCGUGUCUUCUCUGGAACUGUUUCAACUGGACAAAAAGUUCGCAUUAUGGGGCCAAAAUAUAUUCCUGGCAAGAAAGAAGAUUUGUACAACAAGCCAAUCCAAAGGACAAUUCUGAUGAUGGGAAGAUACAUUGAGCCUAUUCCUGAUGUCCCCUGUGGUAAUAUUGUAGGCCUUGUUGGAGUAGAUCAGUUUUUGGUCAAGACAGGAACAAUUACAACCUAUGAUCAGGCUCACAAUUUGAAGGUUAUGAAGUUUUCAGUCUCACCUGUUGUACGUGUGGCUGUUGAGCCAAAAAAUCCCUCUGACUUACCAAAACUUGUGGAAGGCCUGAAGAGGCUCUCAAAGUCUGAUCCUAUGGUGCAGUGUACAAUUGCCGAGAGUGGAGAGCACAUUGUUGCUGGAGCAGGAGAGCUGCAUUUAGAAAUUUGCUUAAAGGACCUAGAAGAAGAUCAUGCUGGCAUCCCUCUAAAGAAAUCUGAUCCUGUAGUCUCGUAUCGUGAGACUGUUAGUGAAGAAUCCAACCAAGUAUGUCUGUCCAAGUCACCAAACAAACACAACCGUCUUUUCCUGACAGGCGGGCCAUUACCAGAUGGACUGCCUGAAGAAAUUGAUGAAGGAAAGGUCAACCCAAGAGAUGACCCUAAAACACGUGGCAGAUAUCUGGCUGAUAAGUACCAGUUUGAUGUUAAUGAAGCAAGAAAGAUUUGGGCUUUUGGACCUGAAACUAAUGGUCCAAACCUUUUAGUUGAUACCACAAAAGGAGUCCAAUACUUGAAUGAGAUCAAGGACAGCGUAGUAGCAGGUUUUGAGUGGGCUACAAAGGAAGGACCACUGUGUGAAGAGAAUGUACGUGGUGUGAGGUUCAACAUUAGAGAUGUUACUUUGCAUACUGAUGCCAUCCAUCGUGGAGGUGGACAGAUCAUCCCAACAGCUAGACGGGUACUCCUUGCCUGCAUGUUGACUGCUCAACCCCGCAUACUUGAACCUAUAUAUCUUUGUGAAAUUCAGUGUCCAGAAACUGCAGUUGGUGGCAUUUAUGGUGUGCUAAACAGGCGACGUGGACAUGUCAUAGAGGAAGGACAGGUUGCUGGUACUCCAAUGUUUUUGGUCAAAGCGCAUCUUCCAGUCAAUGAGUCAUUUGGAUUCACGGCUGACCUUCGUUCCAAUACUGGUGGGCAGGCCUUCCCUCAGUGCGUGUUUAACCAUUGGGCAAUCCUACCAGGUGAUCCUACCGAUGCAGGUACCAAGCCUGGUGUGGUAGUUACAGACACCAGAAAAAGAAAGGGUCUUAGUGAAGCCAUUCCUUCCUUGGAUAAAUUCCUGGACAAGUUGUAAAUGCGUCUACAAGCUCAAGGGAUUUCAUCAAAGAACGCUUCUAAACAAAUCCAUAGAAUCUCGCCUUGUUACUUGCACUAGGAGCAGUGAAUAAAACUUAAACCAUGGUUCUUGUAUCAAUUUACAAAUAUAAACAUUAAAGUAAAUGACAGUAA